AUGGAUUUACUUCACCAAGCAAAAACCAUACUAGAACCAGUCACUUCACUAUUAUGGAUCAUUCUCCCACUCACUAUGUUUCUACUACUAAACCUAUCCUCAAAAAUCCGCAAAAGAGCACCAUAUCCACCAGGACCAAAAGGGUUACCCUUAAUAGGUAACAUGAACAUGAUGGACAAACUCACACAUAGAGGUUUAGCAGAUUUAGCCAAACAAUACGGCGGCGUUUUGCACCUCCGCAUGGGGUUUAUCCACAUGGUAGCAAUCUCAAACGCAGAAGCAGCGCGUGAAGUGUUACAGCUGAAUGACAAUAUCUUCUCAAAUCGCCCAGCGACGAUAGCCAUAAGCUAUCUCACUUAUAAUCGAGCGGACAUGGCGUUCGCUCACUACGGUCCGUUUUGGCGCCAGAUGAGGAAGAUUUGUGUCAUGAAACUCUUCAGCCGAAAACGCGCGGAGUCGUGGGAAUCUGUUAGAGAUGAAGUGGACCUCGUUAUCACCAACAUUAACGAUAAUCUGGGAAAAUCUGUUAACGUUGGUGAGUUGGUUUUUAAUUUAACAAAGAAUAUUAUCUAUCGUGCGGCUUUUGGGUCGAGUUCAAAAGAAGGACAAGAUGAGUUUAUUUCUAUACUUCAAGAGUUUUCGAAAUUGUUUGGUGCUUUUAAUAUUGCGGAUUUUGUACCUUGUUUGAGGUGGGUUGAUCCUCAAGGUUUGAAUGCUAGGCUUGUUAAGGCUCGUGGUGCGUUGGAUGGCUUUAUUGAUAAAAUUUUUGAUGAACAUGUUGAGAAGAAGAAGAGGAAUAUCAGUGGUGAUGAAGAUAGUGAUAUGGUUGAUGAAUUAUUGGCUUUUUACAGUGAUGAGGCUAUAGUGAAUAAUGAAUCGGAUGAUCUUCAUAACUCUAUCAAACUCACUAGGGAUAACAUCAAAGCCAUCAUCAUGGAUGUCAUGUUCGGAGGAACAGAAACUGUUGCAUCAGCAAUGGAAUGGUCUAUGUCGGAGUUACUAAGAAAUCCAGAAGAACUCAAGCGCGUGCAACAAGAACUCGCCGCCGUGGUUGGUCUAGACCGACGCGUGGAAGAAUCAGACAUAGAGAAAUUGACAUACCUAAAAUGCAUCGUCAAGGAGACGCUUCGUCUUCACCCGCCCAUUCCGCUACUCCUCCACGAGACAGCAGAGGACGCUACGGUUGGUGGUUAUUACGUUCCAAAAGGCUCACGCGUGAUGAUAAAUGCGUGGGCUAUUGGAAGAGAUGGACUUUCAUGGAAGGAUUCAGAAGACUUUCAGCCUUCAAGAUUUUUAAAUUCAAGUGCGCCUGAUUUUAAAGGGAGUAAUUUUGAGUUUAUUCCGUUUGGAUCGGGUCGAAGAUCUUGCCCCGGAAUUCAAUUGGGCUUGUAUGCAUUGGACUUGGCUUUGGCCCAUUUACUUCAUUGCUUUAUUUGGGAGUUACCUAAUGGAAUAAAGCCAAGUGAAAUGGAUACGAGUGAUGUUUUUGGACUCACUGCGCCGAGAGCGAGUCGACUCAUUGCUGUUCCAACUAAGCGUCUUAUGUGCUCUCUCUGA